GAAAUUUUAUCUAAGCUGCAUAUGAAUGGUGUUUUCAAUUGUGGACAGGCAGAUGUUUUAGGGGCGUUCCUCCCACGAAGACACGCCCACCAGCAGCCAUGAGGACGCUGAACUUUUAUUGGCGCACAACUGUUCCGCUGCAUCUGGAGCGACUUUUACGCAUCAAGUAAUUUUUUUCGGCGUUGCGCAAAGUUACGUGUCCUGCAAGUUUACAGCAAAAAUACAACUACUAAACUUUAUUUUCUUCAUGUGAGCCGACGGAUCGGACGCAUGGCUGUGCGGUCCAGGACCGGAUUCUACAGGCAGGAUGUGCACAGAACCGUGUGGGAGGUUCCGGAGAGGUACCGGGACCUGAAACAAGUCGGCACAGGCGCAUAUGGGACAGUAUGUUCAGCGUGGGACCGUCGGACUGGAACACAGGUAGCCAUCAAGAAGCUUCACCGGCCCUUCCAGUCCAAACUCUUCGCCAAACGGGCCUACAGAGAACUUCGACUGCUCAAACACAUGAAGCACGAAAACGUGAUUGGGCUGUUUGAUGUCUUCACCGCUGAAAUCUCACUCGACCGCUUUCACGAUUUUUACCUGGUGAUGCCGUACAUGGGCACCGACCUCAGCAAGCUGAUGAAACUGGAGAGGUUAUCAGAGGACAGAGUACAGUUCCUCGUCUACCAGAUACUGAAAGGCCUCAAGUACAUUCAUUCUGCAGGGAUCAUCCACAGGGACCUUAAGCCUGGAAAUUUAGCCAUUAACCCGGACUGCGAGUUAAAGAUUCUUGACUUCGGUUUGGCGCGGCAGGCUGACGUAGAGAUGACUGGCUACGUGGUGACACGCUGGUACCGAGCACCUGAGGUCAUCCUUAACUGGAUGCGCUACACCCAAACGGUGGACAUGUGGUCGGCGGGGUGCAUCAUGGCCGAGAUGCUGCUGGGAAAACCUCUUUUCAAAGGAAAUGAUCACCUCGACCAGCUGAGAGAAAUCAUGAAGAUUACAGGAACCCCAACAGCUGACUUUGUUGUGAAACUACAAAGCCAAGAUGCUAAAAACUACAUUAGAAGUUUACCAAAAGUCCCCAAAAAAGAUCUGCACGCCGUUUUUUCCGACGCUAGCUCAAAUGCUGUAUGUGUCCUGGAGAGAAUGCUGCUUCUUGACCCUGAGCACAGAGUGAGCGCAUCGGAGGCUCUCGCGUUGCCUUUCUUUGGCGAUUUCCGGGACGUCGAAGAGGAGACGGAGGCCCUACCGUACGAUCAGACCAUGGACAACACGGACCUACCCCUGGACCAGUGGAAACGUAAGGGUCACACGUUCACAGAAAUACUGACCUUCAGGCCGACCACAGACUCCAAAGAAACGUCACUUUGACCACCAAAAUGCCGGCGUCUGGUUCGCCUGCUUGACCCCGUAGAUGCUUUGAUCUCUGUGGUGUUAAUCUAUCUCCAGAAAGCUGCCUCAUCAAGUGCAAAAUGUGUUCUGAAAUACAACUUUCGAGUCAUAGAGGCAUUACUGCUUUGAAAGAUCAACACAGAACCUGGCUUUAAAGCGAAGCAGAUAUGUGUAAAACAUCACCAUGAUUGUGCGUUUUAUGGUAAAAGCACCAAAUUUUGCACAAGCAUUGUUUGAUAUAUAAUAAUAAAAA